GUGGCGGCGGCGGAAGGCCGGGAAGGCGGAGACUUUGGCCUGGGCGGCGGCGGUGGAGGCAGAGGAGGACGGUGGCAGUCAAGAACGGGUCCUCGGUCAUGAACUUGCCUGAGACGGCAGCAUCGGCGGCGGGCUUGGUAGCCGUCUCCUCGUGGUAUCCCACUUGCUAACGGGACAGGUUUUGACAUUAUGGCAGGGAGGCAUCAGAAUCGUUUUCCUCUUCCAGGAGUUCUUUCGAGUGGUCAAGUACAUGCAUUUGGAAAUUGUACAGAGAAUGAUGUGUUGGAAGAGGAUGCUGAAGUUUAUGAGCUCCGAUCCAGAGGAAAAGAGAAAAUCCGAAGAAGUACAUCAAGAGAUAAACUUGAUGACAUUAUAGUAUUAACAAAAGAUAUACAGGAAGGAGAUACUUUAAAUGCAAUAGCACUUCAGUACUGUUGUACGGUAGCAGAUAUCAAGAGGGUUAACAAUCUCAUCAGCGAUCAAGACUUCUUUGCCCUUAGGUCUGUCAAAAUUCCAGUAAAAAAGUUUAGUUCAUUGACUGAAACACUUCAUCCUCCAAAAGGAAGACAGGCUUCACGGCCUUCAUCUAUUCAGUACGUUCCAGAGCAACAGGAAAUUUCGUCACUUAAUGAUUCUCUCUCUUCCAGUGAGUCAGCUGGUAGCUUUUUAAAAGAAGUAGACCGAGACAUAGAACAACUAGUAAAAUGUACAGACACCAAACGAGAGAACCUCAAUGAAGUGGUGUCUGCCUUAACAGCACAACAAAUACGUUUUGAACCUGAUAACAAAAAUAUUCAACGUAAGGAUCCUUAUUAUGGAGCAGACUGGGGAAUAGGGUGGUGGACAGCUGUAGUGAUAAUGCUGAUAGUGGGUAUAAUAACACCAGUAUUUUAUUUGCUAUAUUAUGAAAUUUUAGCUAAAGUGGAUGUUAGUCACCAUUCAACAGUGGAUUCUUCACAUUUGCAUUCAGGAGUCACACCCCCAUCACAGCAGCGAGAACUGGAAAAUGGAAUUGCUCCAACUAAAGGAAUACCUUCUGGCCAACAAGACGAUCAUAAACUCUAUAAUCACAAUUCUCAGUUUCCUGCUGCUCAAUACAAAACAUAGCAAUUAGCUCAUAAUUAGUGUUUGUGAUCACAUGUUUCUGGAUUGUGGUGAAUCAGUUUUAUUCAAUAACCACUUCAAAGGCAGAAUUUAAGGAGAUUGAAGAUGCUUUUGUUUUUCACUUUUUUGAGCCAUUUACAAAUGGGUUGAGUAUAAAAUCCCUGCAGUUGCUAGUUGAUAAUGAGAACAGUAAAUCUAUGUAUCUGUUGUAUCAGUGCUCAAGCAGAAAUGAAUUUAAAUGUGUCCAGGAAGUUCUCAACUUGGAAAAUAUAAUUUAUUCAAGAUGGGUUAAUGUUUAAAUUUUAUUUAAUUAUUUUUUGGUUUAAGGUUAUUAAUGUUUAUUAAGCAGAAUAAUAAUAGCACCAGUUAUCUGCAACUGAAAAAAAUUUACUAAUGUGAACCAUUAAAAUAUUUAGUUGCUAAAAUGUUUGAUUCUUCAAUUACUUAGUUAGCACAUACUUAAUGCUUCAUUUUAAAACUUUCUGAAAACAAGUUUAGCACAUAUGCUAUGAAGACAUUAGGUAGACACAUAAGUGGGAAAGCAAUGUGUAGUGCGUCAUAGAGGCUAAGAUAGAGAUUAAAUACUAUAUUUAAGCUCUGAAAUAAUGUGUCAGGGUUGAACAUUGCCAGUUGGUCAAUAGAACACUGGAUUAGGUAAAGAACCUAAAGUAAUCUUUGUCUAUUAAAAGAAUGCUGCCUCAGCUUCUGAUUUUUAGGUCAUUAUACUUGCCUCUGAUAUUUGAAAGCACUUUUGUAAUUCUUUGAUGAAAAUUGUUAUACAUGUACAGGUUGGCAUUAUUUGGAAAAUCCCUAUAUACUGUGAUGAGUUGUUGCUGUGCUACAUGUGGUAACAUGCCUUAAUUACAUUUAAUGCCUUACAAAAUAUGUAAGCUAAUAUUUUUAGAAUUAAAAUUAGGCAUUAUUUCAGAUGGUUCAAUAGGAUUUAUAAGAUUGUAUAAAUUCAUCUCUCCUUUCACCAUUAAGCACAAAUUAAUGGGGUCAAAACAAAUUUUUGUCUGCCUGAGGUUUGUUGGAGAAAAUGGUUCAUUAAGCAAAAGCAGGAGUAAAGAUACCUUUGACAUUAGCAACGAACAGACACAUUGCUUGAUUUAUUGAACCCUUAACCUCUUUUUCAAAGAGAAAAUGUCCAAUUAAACCUUUUUUUCCUUUGAACCUAUAGCAUAACAUCGGGUAACAAGAGGCCAAAGGUAUAUGGUCAAGGGCUUGAUAGUGCCACUUUUGAAGAUCUGCUAUGGAUAUGUUAGAUAUGCAUUCGCAUACUGAUUCCAUCAUUUAAUUUUUAAAAGUAUGUGUUUUAAAAAUGUGACCAGAAUGAUUCAUUAGAAGCAAGAUCUGGUGGAGUCUGGGUUGCCUGUUUUGUGUAUAAUAAAGUAUGUACCUUGAGAUCUAUAAAACCACCUCAUUUUCUGGGCAUAUUUCCUAAUAUUGUUUCAGCUAUUUGACCAGUCAUUUUAUAUUUCAAACUCCAGUCUUGAUACAAAGUGGGGUGAGUAAAUAUGUAUGGUAAACCAGGUUUAUAUACCUUAAAUAGCAAAGUAUAAAAGACGGAAGUCAAAUAUUAAAGCCUUUGCGUGUAUUUGAGGACCUUAGAUAAUUACCAAAAAGUGUUAAUAGGGAAGUUGCAGCAAAUUGAUUUUUUUUUUUAAAGUAACUCUUAGUUUAAAAUUUUAAAAAAUUGUUUUAAUGUGCCUUGGGCAUCUUGAAGAGAGGAGUAUGGUCUAAUUUAUGCUCAAUGUUAACUUGGUCAGUUUACAUUGUAUUUAUUAAGCCUGCUGAGAAAUCAAGUUUUAGGGAAGAAAAUAACAGAGUAUUUUAGGUUAGAAUAGGCUAGAUGUCCUCUGAAGAAUUUUGUUUACAUCAAAUUGAUGAAAUUGCCGAAAAGUCGGUGAUUCUUUUUGCUAAUGGUACUUUGAAAUUGUGAUAGAGAGGUCUGAUUUACAGGAUAAGUUAUUUUUAAAGUAGUGAGGUAUAUACUAUGUACUUGUUAAUGUCCCAUUCCUUGAAGAAAAUAUCCUUAUGACAUAAUGAGGCAGUUCCCUUUUUCUGUAUAUUCUGAAUUAUAUAAUUCUAUUAUAUAUAGAAUUAUAGAUUCUAAUUGUCAUUUUUAAAAGAAAUUCCUAAGCAUUCAAUAGAUACAGAAUAAUUUUAGUUUUUAGAAAGUAUUAAAUACAUCAAAAUUUGUAGCCAAUGCAGAUUACUUUGUAAAAUUUAAUAAAAUAAGAAAAAUUGUGAAUUUUAAUUCUGUUGAAAUCCUUAUCUGAAUUUACUUUGAGGCUCACAUUGAAAAAAAUACAUAUAUACGUGUGCAUGCAAGUACAAAAUUAACAGAACUGUGUGAAUCACUGAAUUUGGUUCACCUAAAAGUUGGAGUUACAAGUGAAGCCAAAUCUGCUAUUUGGGGGGUGGGAGGGGGAGAACAGAUAUUUUUUUAGAUUGGGUACAAAUGGUUAAGUUUGUUUUGAACUGAUGAAUGCCAUUUAAGAUAAACUGUCUAUUAUAGAGUCUGCUGGCCACAUUAAGAAUUAGAAGACUGCAACGUUAACCAGAGGGCUUUUUGUUUAAAGCUUUUCGUUUUCUGGGCUCUAUUUGCUAUUCAGUGGCCUGAAGAGUUCUUGAAAUGAACCAUAAUGGUUCAUUACUUAAUAAUCAGCUCUUUUUAAAGGUAUCUACUUAUAAAAUUACCUACUUUGGAAUAUGAAGGAUACAGUGGGAGUUUAUUUUAGAAAUACAAUGAAGCAAAGGUCCAGUCAAAGUGCUAUAGGGUAAAGGUGGAGUUUUUUGAAGUAUUUAAAUGGUGCUUUACGAUGGGAAUCAUUUUGAACUACAACAAUAUUCCUCAGGAAGUCAUUAUUUUUCUUCUGAGUAUGUGCAUAUUGCACUGUUAGAUCAUAGAAAUAACUGCAAUAUUUAAUUCUUUUUAUAUAUACAAACACUGUAAACCUUUUGUGUGAUAUUUUAUACAAAUGUGAGAUGGAAUUGUAGAACAUUGUUAGCAUGUACAUUUGUAAAACUGGUUUUUAAAUCU